CAUACUAGGGGAGGGAAGAAAGAGGAGAAAAGAGUGGUUACAACUGCAGGCCCUCAGUAAUCAUGGGUUUCCUCAAACUUGGAAGACUUUGUUUGCUCCUGGUAAUAUUCAUGACACUGGUGGCACAAACUGCAACUGGACUUAAGAGAAACAAGCGGGAGUGGAUUCUCCCACCAACGAAACUUAAAGAAAAUGUUGACUAUACAAAGCAGACAUACAUUGCGAAGAUCAGGUCUGAUAAAGAUAUUGAAGCUAAACCAUUUGAGUACAGCCUACGAGGGCAUGGUGCUGACAGGGAGCCAUAUAACCUGUUUGUUGUCAACCCAAAAAAUGGCUUUGUCAGAAUUACAGGCAUUCUGGACCGAGAGACAAUAUCACAGUACAACUUGACUGGGAUUGCUAAAUACAAGGAUGGCGGUAUGGCUGAGGAAGAAAUCGGGCUGAAAAUACAGGUUGAAGAUGAGAAUGACAAUCCUCCAAAGUUUAAGUUAUUCAAAGGGUCUGUAUCAGAAUGCAGCAAAAUAGGAACACCGGUCAUGCAGAUAAUUGCAGAGGAUGCAGAUGCACAGGGGACACCUAAUGCAAAAAUCGCAUAUAGUAUAUUAAAGCAAAUUCCAGAAGCAUCUGGAAGAAUGUUUACCAUUGACAGAGACAAUGGGAAGAUUUAUGUUAAAGAGCACUCCCUGGAUAGGGAGGUGCAUGAUACAUACACUUUAAUAGUCCAAGGUGUAGAUAUGGAUGGUGCACCGAAUGGUAACACAGGAACUGGUACAGUGGAGAUUAAAGUUUUGGACAUCAACGACAACAUUCCAACUCUUGAAAAAGAUGAGUAUGCUGGUGCUGUUGAUGAAGGUUCAGUUGAUGUGGUUGUGAUGAGAAUAAAAGCUCUGGAUAAAGAUUUGGAGAAUACUGAUAACUGGCUGGCCGUCUUUGACAUCGUUAAGGGUAACGAAGACGAACUCUUUACUAUAGAAACAGACCCCAAAACCAACGAGGGCAUUUUAAAGCUUGUGAAGCCUGUGGAUUAUGAAAAGGUCAAAAUGCUGGAUCUUGGCCUGGCCAUUUCAAACGUAGCUCCUUUCAUAAAUGGAACUGCACUCUCCUUGGGUCUCAGUGUCGAUCUGGGCAGACCUGGAAUGAAUGCUGGGGCAGGAGCUGGGGCAGGGGCAGGGGCAGGGGCAGGAGCAGGUGUUGAUUUAGGUGUAGAUCUAGGUCUAGAUUUAGGUGUAGAUGCAGAUCUAGGAUUAGGGGCUGGAGUGGGUGUGAAUGCAGGGGUAGAUGCUGGGGUAGACGCUGGAGUGGACGCAGGUGUAGAUGCAGGGGUAGAAGCAGGUGCUGGGGUAGGGGUUAAGCCUGGCGUCAAACCGGACACCAAGCCUGGAACUAAACCUGAUGGCAGUCCUAGUUCCAAACCUGGAAUUAAACCUGGCUCUAAACCAGACAAAAAGCCGACACCUGGAGGGAAAAACUAUCCAAUAAAAAUCAGCGUUAAUAACUUGCCCGAAGGCCCAGGUUUUUCACCAUCGGUGAAGGAGUUGCCUGUGUCAGAGAACCCAGAGGAAAUACAUGUUCCCAUGGUCAUUGGUUCCUUUCCUGCCUUGGAUCUUGAUACUGGAGAACCUGCGGAAAAUGUCAGGUAUGCAAAAGGAUAUGAUCCAGACAACUGGCUAUCUAUUGAUGAGAAAACAUCAGAGAUUACGCUGACAAAGAUACCAGAUCGAGAGUCCAAGUCCCUGGUUAAUGGCUCCUACAUUGCAAAAAUCAUCUGCAUGACACAAGAUGUCCCAUCCAAGACUGCUACUGGAACUAUAGCUCUAAAGGUGCAGGAUUUAAAUGACAAUUGUCCCAUGCUGACUAGCACCUACCAGAGUAUCUGUUCUGAUACUAACAUAGUAAAUGUGACUGCAUUUGAUAAGGAUGCCUAUCCCAAUGGAGAACCUUAUAAAUUUGUUCUGAUAGAAGAAGAGACUCGUGGAAAAUGGGAGAUGGUUCCUGUAAAUGAAACAACAGUGAGCUUCCAUGCUAAGGAGCCUCUAUGGAUAGAAUUUUAUGAGCUCAGUAUGGAGAUUUUUGACAGGAAGGGUCUGGCAUGUAAAGACAAACAAAGGCUUAAAUUAGAGGUGUGCACAUGUGAAAAAGCUGGAACAUGUGAUCUCCGAGCAGCCCAUCAACGUGAUGCUUUAACCAAAGUAGGGAUUCCUGCCAUUGGAGUAAUUAUCGCAGCACUAAUUCUGCUCAUGUUGAUUCCUCUGCUGCUAAUAUUCUGUCAAUGUGGGAGGUUUGAGGAAUUCUCAGAGCUGCCUUUUGAUACAAAAGAAUACCUUAUUGCAUACCACACUGAGAGCAAAGGGGAAGACAAGUUGCUGGAUCUGUUGUCUGCUCCAUUUGUGGCAGACCGACAAACUGCAGUGGCAGCGGUUGGUAGCUCUCUCAACAAGCCUGCUAUAGUGCAAAAUGCACAAGGCUUCGGGACCAUGGCGCUCAAUAACGAGUUUCAAAGAGGGAAUAUGGAAGUUGACAGCAUGUUUGGAUAUCAACACAGCACACUACAAAGUCAACACUCCAUAGGAUCUAUCCAUAGAAACACGCUCUACUCUGCAUCAUUUCGACAGAAGAGGCAUAAUAUUUAUGAAGAGAUGGCAUUGCCAGAUGGCUAUCUCUAUGGAUAUUUCUCUCAGAAAGCAAGGUUUCUGACUGAUAAUCCUAAUCUCAGUGAAGGUCUGCUCAUGUAUAACGAUGAAGGUCAAUACUCUCCAGUUGGCUCUUUAGAGUCCUGCUGUAUUCUUGAGGCUGAAAAUGACCUGGGUUUCCUAAAAGACUUGGACUACAAGUUUGGGAAUUUAGCAACAGUUUGCAGUCCUCCACCACUACAACCCAAAUUUGAAGAAGUGGAACAAAUUGCUGAGUCAGUGGAAACCAGCAUCAAAAGUGAGAGUUCUGUAGCCACUAGUGCCGUUCAGAUUGUGAAAUCUGAUUCGCCUCCACCACAGAAAAGCACAAUUUCCAGUGUUACUGAGACACAACACAUCAAUGCAUCAGGCAGCAUGAAUACUGGUUCAACACUGCUUGCACAACAGCAACCUUUGUACUGCCUGGUGGAACAUCAAGCGCCAAGUACAGUGAUUUUUGCUGAAGAGCCUGUACAGGGAAUGUACCUGAUAAAUGGGCUUGCAGGAACUCAGGGCUUGGUUCUUCAUGGCGGUAAUAUACUCCAGAACACACUAGAACAACAAGGAAUGUACCUGAUUGAUGGGAUGUCUAUGUUACAAGGAAAUAUCAUGUUAGGUCCAAAUCUUGUCAACGCAGCUAGCUUACCUGUUCCCUCUGCCGAAGCUCAGGGAGAGACGGGCAAGCAAUCGUUCCAGAGUUCUCAAGGUGAACAACCAGGGCAAUCAGAGGAUAAAGCUCAUGUAGGGUCAGGAAAGGAGAAGAGUACUAAGCCUGCAAAGAUGCAAGUCAAAUCAAAGAGAUGAACAAGUAUUAUGGGUGUUAGUGUAGAAUGUAUGAACAGGACUACAUAUGUGAACACGAUGCAGGUGAGCAGCUCUUUAUGGCUACAAUUCUUUCAGACUAUAGUCAUUACUUU